AUUUUCCAUCAUGAGUUCAGCUUUAGCCAACUAUUUUAACAGAGAGGAGCUUCCAAUGGAGGUAGACGAGAAGGACAUCAAGGACUUGGCCAAGUCCAAGCGUAAAAUGAUCUUACUCCCUCUUGGCACAUUUGGAAUCACUUAUCUGAUCAGAAACUUCCGUGAUAAGAUCUUUGUCUCUGGAAAUUUCCUUGUAAAUAUUAUGAAUGUUAGAGGGAAAUACAAGAACGAUUCUUAUAAUUCAAAAUCAGUUUCACAGUCUCUCGAUGAGGCCAGAAAUUCUGAAGACCCAUACAAAAUGAUAAAAGCUGAAAGAGAGCUGGCCAAGAAGAAUCUGAAAGAUAAUAGCGUUGAGAAAAUCACUAAGUCUAAAGUAGUGUAUAAGUCUAACCCAGACCCAUUCGCCAAGUUUCAGAGGCAACAAGGAAUUACCCCUGCUACUAAGAUGUAUAGUGGCAAUAAACAAUCAGAGAGUUUCCAGUAUAAAUCAGAAGCUGAAAGAUCUGCUGGUCUCGGCGGUAACCAGAUUAUGAAUAAAGGCUCUACUUAUACUAACAUGCUUAAAACUUACACCGACUACCAGCAAAAUGAAAGAUUCAAGACAGAAAAGUUCAAUGCAGAAGAAAGACAAUUUAAGAGAGAGAAAAGGUUCAAAAUAUUCAAGAAAAUUAAUGUAAUGAAAAUCAGAGACCUCAUAAUGGCUAAAAGGCUGAAGAACACAGGAUCCCUGUUCAUUAUCAUUCCCACUGUUUUGGCUGUCUUUGCUGGAAUCUCACAAUAUGCUACUACAUCCUUCAUGAUGUAUCUCAAAUACCAACCAAUGGUGGACAUGUACUACUUAAAACAAGUUGAGGAGGCUGAAGCAACUUCAGGUUCCCAGCAAUCAACCUCUUCUCAACAAGCAACAGCCUAA